AUGCCCCAGGGCUUGGCCGACAGUCGCCGCCACUUGGCGCUGUCGAAGAUCGCGCGCCACGAGCACCGCCACCGGCAGCUGCUGUGGCCGCACUCUGCCUCGGCGCCCCUACCGCUCUGCGCCUGGCGGCCCGGCUGGCACCUGUGCCGCCCGCCUCGACACGGCGGCUGGACAGAGUGCUCGCACCCCGCGAGGAGCAGCUCGGUGGAGAGGCCGCGGUUCGUACCUGUGACGUCACUGGAGGACGUGCAGGCCGUGCGCUGCGCUGAGUUCCACCCGUUCGGCAAGCUAUAUGCUGUGGGAUCCAACUCCAAAACGCUCCGCAUCUGCGCUUACCCGAAGCUGGUGGACCUCAGGGAUGACCAGGUGACUUACCAGCCGACGGUACUCCUGAAGCGGACCAAGCACCACAAGGGCUCCAUCUACUGCAUGGCCUGGAGCCCGGUGGGCGACCUGAUUGCCACCGGCAGCAACGACAAAACCAUCAAGCUGAUGCGCUUCGAUGCCGACUCAUGCUCCGUGGAAGUGUAA